ACAGGCAUAUGGUCGAGGAGAUGAGCAGGAGACGGACGAUGGUGCUUUUGCCUGUUUCCGCCAGCCUGGAAGAGGUUUUAGAUUAUCUGUAAUCGUGCGCUGCGGUGCGUCGCAGCCUCUCACCUCCCGAGGAUGUUCGGCGACAGAGAGGGCACUGUGUGGGACCGGGUCGGACGGCCGCACCGGGACUGCAUGUGCUACCUUGGACCUCCUACUCUUUUGCCUAUCGGGAUGCGCAAGUCGCCCGACGUCAGCCCCAGAAGGCUUUCGGACAUCAGCCCUCAGCUCAGACAGCUCAAGUACCUGGUGGUGGACGAGGCCAUCAAGGAGGACCUCAAAUCAUCGCGCUCAGUGGAGGACAUCAACAGCGCGUCCAUAGAGGAGCGGAUAUUGCGGAUCACCGGCUACUAUGGAUACCAGCCUUGGAGUACGAGCUACAAGAGAGAAGACCGGACCAGAGAGAAUGUGGUGGGCUCCACAGAUGCACAGUCAGCCAGUGCAGCUGGCGGAGAGUCUGGCACCAGCAGGCGGAGGCUUCACUGUUGCGUCAGAGUAACAGCCGUGCAGGUGCGGAAGGCCCUGUGGGGGGUCGCCAUGGUGAUGUGCGUGUGCUCGUCCUGGGCGGGUUCCACCCAGCUGGCCAAGCUGACCUUUAAGCAGUUUGAUGCCCCUUUCACGCUCACCUGGUUCGCCACCACCUGGAACUGCCUCUUCUUCCCAGUCUACUACGUCGGCCAUUUGUGCAAGAGUCCUGAGAGGCAGACGCCCAGGCAGAGAUUGAGGGAGUGCUGCAGGUUUUUCGGGGACGAGGGCCUGACCCCCAAGGUGUUCUUCACCAAGGUUGCUCCCUUCGGCCUGCUGUGGAUCCUCACCAACUACCUGUACCUGCAGGCCCUCAGGAAGAUCAACACAACAGAUGUUUCAGCACUUUUCUGCUGUAACAAAGCCUUUGUCUUUCUGCUGUCCUGGAUUGUGCUCAGAGACCGCUUCAUGGGCGUCAGGAUAGUAGCAGCUAUCUUGGCCAUAGCCGGCAUCGUCAUGAUGACCUAUGCUGAUGGGUUUCACAGCCACUCAGUCAUCGGCAUCACUCUGGUCGUGGCAUCUGCUUCAAUGUCAGCGCUCUACAAGGUACUCUUCAAGAUGGUCCUGGGUAGUGCCAAAUUUGGAGAGGCUGCACUCUUCCUGAGCAUUGUCGGAAGCGCCAACUUUGUUUUCAUCAGCUUUGUGCCAAUAAUCCUGUAUUUUACUCAUGUGGAGUACACUGGCUCACCUGCAGACAUCCCCUGGGCCUACCUCUGUGGAGUAGCAGCAUUGCUUUUUGCUUUCAACAUCCUAGUGAACUUCGGCAUUGCAAUAACAUACCCAACAUUAAUUUCCCUUGGCAUUGUCCUAAGUGUCCCUGUGAAUGCCAUGGUUGACUUCUACACCUGUGACAUCAAUUUCAACACGGUGCGCCUGAUUGCUGUAUUCAUCAUCUGCCUUGGAUUCCUCAUGCUGCUGCUGCCGGAGGACUGGGACCAGUGUAUCAUCCGGCUCACUACAAAGCUGCGUAAACGGGAAGACCCAGCCGAGGCUGCCGGGGAGACGGGCGCCAAUGCAAGCCUCAACUGGAGAGGGAGAGGAAGAACCUCCCUGUCAACAUAUGCACGUUGAUUCCAUUAUAACUAAACGGGGAACAUUAACACAUUUGAUAUGACUAGUGGCUUACAUUGUGUUUUGCAAAGCUACCAUAGGUUUAGACUGUGCUGUGAUCAGACAAUUCAACAAACAGAGAGAGAUACCAGAGCCUCAGAAUGCAUAGGAUUUAAACACAUUCUCAGCUUUGUUUUUUACUUAAAAACCGUAUCAACUAUGACUUAAGUCUCACUGUUGCGGAACCUUUAAAUUCUUCUAAUUAUUCAGCAUAUCCUUGAAAGACUUGCCAGCUUGCCUGAUCAAUUCCAGUAACAAAAAAAAAUAUAAACAAACAAACAAAAAAAAGAAACAUGACAGGUUCGCAUUUACUCACAUUUUGAUCCAAAGAAAAAUGCCUGAGAACAAAAGAAAUCCCUUCCUGCCUUUUCUGUACUGUACAUAGAUAUAUUUCACACCUUGGAAUGCCCGGGGAGCUGUGGACCUAACAGGCUCAUUUGGUGUGAGGAGAUCUGUCUGAUCAUCUGAGGAUCAAUCGGCGCUAAAAACACAUCUUUUCAAAAAGCCUUUCUUUUGGAUCAGAACAGAAGAGCGACUUUUAACCUCCAUCCUGUGGGUCUGGGCUUUCAUGGGGCUGAUCUUCCACAAUAAUUCCUCACAUGCCGAUAUGGCCGACAUGAAAGUGUCUUGAAAAUAUUUGAAUUUUUUCCACAUUUUGCAAAAUUAUAACCAUAAAACUCACUGUGUUGUUGGGAUCUAAUGAUAUAGAUUAAUACAAAGUGGUCUAUAAAUUGCAAAGUGGAAGGAACAUAUGUGAUUUUCAAUUAUAUCUAAGGAGAAAGGGGUUCAUUUGUUUUCUGACACUCCCUGAUUCAAUACUCAACAAUACUAAGUCUUUCCAAUAUAACCCAAACUCAGUCAAACUGAGUUUUCCCUGGACCUUAAAUUCCCAUGCCCCUUAAGAUUAUGGGAAUUGUGUGUCCAUUAGUGUUUCUGCCAGCAGUGUAUCUUUUUCCCUUCCCCUACCAAUAAUUUGCAACUUUAUUUUUAUUUAUAACAUAAAAUUCCAAUAAAAUAUAUUGUGGUUGGAAUUUGACAAAAUGUGGAAAGGUUCUAGAACUAAGAAUACCUUUGCAAGGGACUGUAUUUAAACCAGUAUAUUCUCAUUCAGUGCAUGAGAUACAGAAAGUUUGGUUGCUAAAUAUAUAUGUGCUUCAAGAAACCCAGACAAUGGGUUUGGUUAAAAGCUUACUUCAAAACCAGCAGCCAAGAUGAAAACUAACCAGUAAUUGAAUCUGAACAUGAAUAAAAGCAAUCCCUGAGCUUCUUAAUAUAGCACAUUACACCUUUUAGACUUUUAGGCUAUCCUAUAGAGCUACAACAGUUUUAUUUCUGGAGAAAACGACAGAUGGUAAAAAUCUAUCUCACUGUGACUUUAGGAGAGAGUUUAUAAAACAUGGCUUGGAUUUUCUCCAGCUUUUCUACAAAAGUAAAAUUUGUCAUUUGAUCUAUUUUCAGUGAUCAUAUUUCAAACAUUCGCAUCUUUUAGGAAAAGGAAAACAGGAGAGAAGGUGAGGCCCUCGCCUUGUGAAGCAACACGUGUGAACUCUGCCUUGUUGUGAAUGUAUGAUUAUCACACUACACACGCUCACUAUGAGCUGCUCUGUUUAAUACAGUGCUACCAGACUGCUGCAGAGAGAUACACUUCAUUAUGACUCUCCUUGUCCUCAUCUGGAUGAGUUAUUUGCUUUUUCUGUGGGGGUCAAUUUCUUGCUAAAAGAUUGCUAAAGACUUUUUAUAUCGGUUUUUUGCAUUCAGUUGCUCACUCACCUCAAGGACCUGUAGGAGAAAAAAAAAAUCUGAUGACUGAUGACCACAGAACGAGCAUGCACAUAACAGUUGAACUGUCCACUUCACUGCAUUUUUUAAUAAUUUUUUUUUUUUUUUUUUUUUUUGCAAUAGUACAUUUAGCACUGUUUCCCAUUGUCAUUUACUAUGGCAAUAAAUAAUUAUAUUGUAUUCCUCUGGAAUUAACGCAAGACUUAAAUGUAAACCUUUGUAAGGAAUGAUUUUUACACUAAGAUGAUGCAACAUAUGGUUAUAUCACAUCUGAGGAGGAAAUAUUUAGAGCGUGAAUAAAUGAUGGAUUUGUUAGAUCUGC